CCCAGGAUCCUAUCCAGGACCAUGUAUUGCAUUCAGUUGUCUUUUUCGUUUCCUGUAAUCGGCAACAGUUUCUUAGUUUUUCUUUGUCUAACAUAAUACAAACAUUUCGGGAAGGGUACAGAUCCGUUAUUCUGUACCAUGUCCCUCAGCUUGGGUUUCUAGUGAUUAGGCUAAGGUUGUAGACCGGACGGUGACGCCGUGUUUUUCUCAGUGCAUCACACAGAAAGCGUGCGAUGAAUGUCAGCUUGUCCUGCUGUUGAUGUUAACGUGGCCGUUCAAGCGGUGUCUGCAGUUUCUCUACGAUAGUUACUAUUUCCCCUUUUUAAUUAUCAGGUAAUUUGUGCAUAUUUAUGUGGAAGGCUUCGAAUGCCCUUUCAGUUUCAUGGGACGGAAAAGAGCACUUUAUAUGGGCAAAUGGAUACCUGUGUCUUGCGGAAGACACCCAGCAGCCAGCAGUACCUGUGUCAACAAAGUUACGCGAACAAAACCUUUCCGGAAGAGCUGAGGGACCUGGGUGCAACGCAUUCUGGGAAUUGUAGUCUCUGGGUGCUCCCGGCUGAACACCGCCCUGCGGUCUCUGCGAGAAAGAGCCAGAAGCCGCCAGGGGAGGGCGAAGAGGAGGGUGGCGGGGACGCUCUGCGCGCGGUGCGCCAUGGGACGGGUAGUUCACGGCGCGCGCCCCGUCGCGCCCCCAGCUAGGGAACGGGACUACUCUAUCCGAGAGCCCGCGCGUGCGGGGCGAGGGCAAGCCGGCCGGGGCCUCGAACAAAUCAAAUCGAAGCAAAGAAACUGCCGGCUUUCAAAAUCCUCCUCCUCCGCCAUCAUCCGCCGCGGUGCGGAGAGCAGGUGGUGCUGGAAGCGCGUGAGUCCGGGAGCGCGAGAGAGCUGACAGACAAGCCAGCUGGACAUCUGGACCGCUGGACCCGGAGGUGGCGACCCCGGCCUGACCCGGACCCUAAAUCCGUCCCCGCCCCACCGGGCGGAGGCGCGUGCUCGGUUACCCCCACGCGGCGGCGCCGCCUGUUUACGGUAGAGUCAGGGUCCCUUUCCUUUCACAGUCACCUGCCUGGAAGAGGGGUGGGGGCGAGGAGGGCGUGGCGCCCUGUGCACCUUUUGCCUGCCCCCUCGGCCUUCUUCACUAAGUCUUCGAUGGCCGAGCGCCCCGGGGUGGCGGUGGGAGUGGGGUUGUUGGGCGGCGCUGGCUUCUUUCACAAAUGGGGAAACGGAGGCUUAAAGGGCGUCUGACUCGCCGGAGCAGCUCAGCCUGCAGCUGCUAGCAGUGGCGUCUCAUAUUAGCAUCGUUGUCAACCGGAGGCGGUGCGAGUCCGCCGGGAAUUCCAGAUGGGUCUCCCGCGCCGCCCGCCUGUCAUUUGCGGCCUGUAUUCGCGAGUCGCUCCCGCGGCGCCGCCUCCCAGCAGGCCCACGCCAACGGGGGGCCCGGGCUGGCGCCGCUGUCCCUGGAAUCGAUUCUGCAGAUCUCCAGGGGAACCCACCAGCCUAGUCAGCAUGGCCUCAGAAGACAUUGCCAAGCUGGCAGAGACACUGGCCAAGACUCAGGUGGCCGGGGGACAGCUGAGUUUCAAGGGCAAGAGCCUCAAACUCAACACUGCAGAAGAUGCUAAAGAUGUGAUUAAAGAGAUUGAAGACUUUGACAGCUUGGAGGCUCUGCGUCUGGAAGGCAACACAGUGGGUGUGGAAGCAGCCAGGGUCAUCGCCAAGGCCUUAGAGAAGAAGUCGGAGUUGAAGCGCUGCCACUGGAGCGACAUGUUCACAGGGAGGCUGCGGACUGAGAUCCCACCAGCCCUGAUCUCACUAGGGGAAGGACUCAUCACAGCUGGGGCCCAGCUGGUGGAGCUGGACUUAAGUGACAACGCGUUUGGGCCCGACGGUGUGCAAGGCUUCGAGGCCCUGCUCAAGAGCUCAGCCUGCUUCACCCUGCACGAACUCAAGCUCAACAACUGUGGCAUGGGCAUCGGUGGCGGCAAGAUCCUGGCUGCAGCUCUGACCGAGUGUCACCGGAAAUCCAGUGCCCAAGGCAAGCCUCUGGCCCUGAAGGUCUUCGUGGCUGGCAGAAACCGUCUGGAGAACGAUGGCGCCACUGCCUUGGCAGAAGCUUUUAGGGUCAUCGGGACCCUGGAGGAAGUCCACAUGCCACAGAAUGGGAUCAACCACCCUGGUGUCACUGCUCUGGCCCAGGCUUUCGCCGUCAACCCCCUGCUGCGGGUCAUCAACCUAAACGACAACACCUUCACCGAGAAGGGCGCCGUGGCCAUGGCUGAGACCUUGAAGACCUUGCGGCAGGUGGAGGUGAUCAAUUUUGGGGACUGCCUGGUGCGCUCCAAGGGUGCCGUUGCCAUUGCAGAUGCCAUCCGUGGCGGCCUGCCCAAGCUAAAGGAGCUGAACUUGUCAUUCUGUGAAAUCAAGAGGGAUGCUGCCCUGGCUGUUGCCGAGGCCAUGGCAGACAAAACUGAGCUGGAGAAGCUGGACCUGAACGGCAACACCCUGGGAGAAGAAGGCUGUGAACAGCUUCAGGAGGUGCUGGAGGGCUUCAACAUGGCCAAGGUGCUGGCGUCCCUCAGUGACGACGAGGACGAGGAGGAGGAGGAAGGAGAAGAAGAAGAGGAAGCCGAAGAAGAGGAGGAGGAGGAAGAGGAGGAAGAGGAAGAAGAAGAAGAGGAGGAGGAAGAGGAGGAGCCUCAGCAGGGAGGGCAGGGAGAGAAGUCAGCCACGCCCUCACAGAAGAUUCUGGACCCUAACACUGGGGAGCCAGCUCCCAUGCUGUCCUCCCCACCUCCUGCAGACGUCUCCACCUUCCUGGCUUUUCCCUCUCCAGAGAAGCUGCUGCGCCUGGGGCCCAAGAGCUCCAUGUUGAUAGCCCAGCAGACUGACACAUCUGACCCCGAGAAGGUGGUCUUUGCCUUCCUAAAGGUGUCAUCUGUGUUCAAGGACGAAGCUACUGUGAGGACGGCAGUGCAGGAUGCAGUAGAUGCCCUGAUGAAGAAGGCUUUCAGCUCCUCGUCCUUCAACUCCAGCGCCUUCCUCACCAGGCUCCUCGCACACAUGGGUCUACUCAAGAGUGAAGAUAAGGUCAAGGCCAUUGCCAACCUGUACGGCCCCCUGAUGGCACUGAACCACAUGGUGCAGCAGGACUAUUUCCCCAAGGCCCUUGCACCCCUGCUGCUGGCAUUCAUAACCAAGCCCAACAGCGCCUUGGAAUCCUGCUCCUUUGCCCGCCACAGUCUGCUGCAGACACUGUACAAGGUCUAGACUCAAAGCCUCUCCCAUCCCUUGGCCUGGACCAGUGAGCUACGGAGGGACUCGGAGGAACUGAGGCACAACCCACGCCGUUGCCUUGGACAGGACUCUGGCCAGAGACAGGGCGGUCUGUGUCCCGUGUGUCCUCUCAGUCCCCUGAGUAUGUGUGUAGGUGUGGUGCGCGUGCAGGUCUGUGCCUCCUGUCGGGAUUUGGGUUUGAACCUCUCUCUGCUGGCCUGGCUCUGCUCUGUUGUGGGGAGUUGGCCCCCAGGGGAAAGGACUGUGAGCUGCUCCGCCAUUAAACUCACCUUCACCUGAUGGCGCUCUGCUGAUCUCCGCCUGGGCCCUGAUGGCUGUCCCCACCCACCUGCCUUCCAGCCCGGCUCCCUGGCGGAGCCAGAGCCCAAGGAGUUGCCCGCGUGCUGUCCUUCCCCUCUGUGUUGUGACUGGGCUGUUUCCUGCCCUGCCUGGGCUGCUGCUCGUCACCAAGCCCUGGUCCUGCAGCAGCUAUCCUCCCUGCCAUCCAUGCCACUGUGCCGAGCGCUCAGCCUCAAGAGCAGAGAGUACCAUGGGUGGGACUGUGGGGGUGGCAUCGUGGGGCUGUUGGCAGAUGGCAACCCUGGGCCCCAUGCCGUGUGGACAGGCAGACACCAGAUUGUCCAGGAGCAGGAGCUGCUGGAACUGCGCUGGCCCCGGACCUAGCGGACCCUCUCCUGGCUGCUGAGAUGUUGUCUGUGACUGGCCUGGGGGCCAAGCUGGAGGCGGUGUGUUGACAACCCAAAGCUGUUGUCCAGUCUGGGGAGGGAGGGGCAGGGUCCCCAAUGUCCGAGCCGUAUCUGGACGCUGCUCUUAAAGGACCUCCUGGGGCAGGGGAGCAGUGGGGUCUGGACUGGGCAGAUGCUGUACAACCUCCCUGCGUGCCCGUGACUGCCCCAUGCUUUCCCCUUUGUGUUCUGUGUGUGUCUGGGCUGUGCCCGGGGGCUUCACAAAUAAAGUCAUGUGUACAGCUUCA